GCGCCUCGCUUGUGGUUCUGCCUGUGGGUGGUCUUAGCUCCGACGCUGGAAAAGCUCGGGCAAGCUAUCGUGACGACUUCAAUCCCCAUUUCCCCACCACAUCCGUCAACCAACCCAGGGCUCCUACUCCAAAUCAUCUUUGGGCCGCCCAUUACUUCACAGCAGCCCAGCAUGUCGAACAACCCAUAUCAGGAUCUCCUGAACAAGAUUCAGCAGACUGCCCGGUCUCGCGGCGGCGGCGGUUUCCCAGGUGGCAGGCCCCCCAUCCCUCCCCGCGGUUUGGGCCCUGCCUUGACCGGUUUCGCCCUUCUUGGUGGUGGUGCUUGGGUCCUUUCAAACUCCCUGUUCAACGUUGAUGGUGGUCACAGAGCGAUCAAGUACAGGAGAGUUAAUGGUGUUAGCAAGGAGAUCUAUGGCGAAGGAACCCAUCUCAUGAUCCCCUGGUUCGAGACCCCUAUUACCUACGAUGUCCGCGCGAAGCCCAGAAACGUGUCCUCCUUGACCGGUACCAAGGAUUUGCAAAUGGUCAACAUCACCUGCCGUGUCCUUUCAAGACCCGAAGUCACGGCCUUGCCUCAGAUUUACCGUACCCUCGGUACCGAUUACGACGAGCGGGUCCUUCCUUCAAUCGUCAACGAGGUUCUCAAGAGCGUUGUCGCGCAAUUCAACGCCAGUCAAUUGAUCACCCAAAGAGAGAUGGUUGCCAAGCUUGUGCGUGAGAACCUGGCAAAGCGUGCGGCCCGGUUCAACAUCCUCCUGGACGAUGUGUCGCUUACACACCUCGCAUUCUCCCCCGAAUUCACUGCGGCAGUAGAGGCCAAGCAGGUCGCACAGCAAGAAGCGCAGCGCGCAGCUUUUAUUGUUGACAAGGCGCGUCAAGAGAAGCAGGCUAUGGUGGUCAAGGCUCAGGGUGAGGCCCGUUCUGCGGAGCUCAUCGGUGAGGCCAUCAAGAAGAGCAAGUCGUAUGUGGAAUUGAAGAAGCUGGAGAAUGCGCGUGCAAUUGCGAACAUCAUCCAGGAGGCCGGCGGCAAGAACAGGCUGCUCCUUGAUUCUGAGGGCUUGGGCCUCAACGUUUUCGAAGAUCGGAGGUCCAAAGACAACUAAGCCGAGGCCUUUGGAAGUUAGAGAGGAGGAGCAUGAGAUGACGGAUAAAAAUCUCCGCUGUAUAUGUAUCUUAUGGAUGUGACGGAAACCCCAAGUGUACAACAGACUUUAAUGAACUUAUCGGAAAGGCCGGAUUUAGCGAUGAUCUUCAGAAAAGGAAGCUUUCGCAAAAAAGAUAUCCAUCGAAAAGCUCGUCUGCAAAUGGCCCUGUUUAGGUGCGAGGCAUCCUCUCUAUUAGUGAUCCAAAGCGGUUAUUCAACCUAGCGCGAAGGACGCCUCGUGGUGGAUCAAUGAAAGAUGUUGAUACAAAAUCACCUGAGUUGCAGCUCGAAACAUAUUUGGUUCAACG